UGUUUCAGUGACAUUGACGGAGCAUUGAAGUUGGUUGUUGACGUAGGUAGAAAAAGUAAAUAGAUUGCCGUAGAUCGUGGACAAAAAUAGCCGGCAACGGCGGCAACAAUAAUAUUCAAGUGUCUGUCAAUUAACGUCUUUUAAUAUAAUAGUCAAGUUUAAAUAUGUAGCUUGCAUAAAACUUUAACACGCGUUGAACUGUAUCUAUUACUUUCAAAAAUAUACUGAUACCGUUUGCUCGUCUAAAGUUUUCCAGUUAUAAUGGCCCAAAAUAAUAAACUUUUUAAAGACGAACAUUUAAUAAAUGUAUUGCUAUGCUCUCUCGCAAUACCCUUGUCGAUGUCAAUGUGGAUCAUCAAUUUAGUGUAUUCGAAGUUUAUAACGAAGAGCGAAGGAUUUGACGAACCAGUUGUGAUAUCUCCGAGCAGAUGGCUGGCAUCUUGUUUAAUACCACUUAUUGUGGCAGUGCAUGGGUACAGGAAGAAGAGUAUUACUUUCAAUGGAGCUGUCCUUGGUUGUGCACUAGCAUUUAUCUUGACACUUAGUAACUAUUCAUUUCUAGCCUGCCUGAUAACAUUCUUUUUAUCAUCAUCAAAAGCAACAAAAAUUCGUCCUCACAUUAAACAGAAGUUUGAAGAUGAUUUUAAAGAAGGUGGUCAGAGAAAUUGGAUUCAAGUCCUUUGUAAUGGUGGCAUGGCUGGUCAGCUAGCACUCCUAUACCUAUUGGAUGUGGGAGCAUCUGAGAGACCCAUAGACUUUGUUGCAGAUUACAGAGCAUCUUGGCUUUCUAUUGGAAUCCUUGGUGUAUUUUCUUGUUGCAAUGGAGAUACUUGGGCAUCAGAGCUUGGAACUGUUUUCUCCAACUCUGACCCAUAUUUGGUCACUACUUUCAAAAAAGUGCCCAAAGGUACAAAUGGGGGGAUAAGUGUAAUAGGAACCUUCUUCAGUACACUCGGCGGUCUUGUAAUUGGCAUAUCACAAUAUUCCACUAUUUAUUAUUUCUCUGAUAAAAGCAUAUGGGCCUAUGCUCCUCCUCAAUGGCCUUUAAUCUUAUUCGGAGCCCUUGCCGGAUUUCUGGGGAGUCUUGUGGAUUCCUUAAUGGGAGCAACACUUCAAUACUCAGGUUUGGACAAAGAUGGAAAGAUUGUUUCGCACUCAAGUCUGACGGUAAAACAUAUUAGUGGAAGAAAUAUUUUAGACAACCACAGUGUGAAUCUCAUAUCAACAGUUAUCAUGGGCAUGUUAAUGCCUACAUUAUGCAAAAGUCUUUGGCCUUCCUUCUAAGAGUCUUAACAUGAAUGUCUUAUGUAAAUAAUUGAUGAGUGUUAUUGCAAAUUUGUAAUUGUAGUUACUUAGGAUGUCAUUUUUUAAGAAAAUUUUCUACUAUGUCCAAAUUUUUUGUAUUUUAUAUUUAUUGUGGUGAUACUGGCAGCUCAGUAAUAUGACGGCAGAUUGUAGAAGUUAAUUAAUUAUUGUAAACAAUGUGUGUAGAGUAGACAGUUGUUUAGUGAGUCAUUAAAAUGUACUUAUUUGGCAUGUAUGGGUAAUCAUUAGUAGGUAUAGCAUAUAAUUUAUAGUCAUUUUAGUUUUAAAAUGUUUAUAAGUUUAUAAAUGUUUUGUUACGAA